AUGUCUUCCAACACGGCCCACAUUUGCGUUGUCGGUUCGCUGAAUAUCGACUUUGCGGUAUCAACAUCCCGGUGUCCCGGGCCAGGGGAGACCUUGACGGCCAAUUCCCUCUCCGUGACGGCCGGCGGGAAGGGUGCGAACCAGGCCGUUGCAUGCGGUCGAGCGUCACACACCUCCAGUGACGCCUCAAAAGUCACUGUGAGCAUGAUUGGCGCGGUGGGCGCCGACGACGUUUACUACGCAACGCUGAUCCGACCGACGCUAGAGGAUUCCGGUGUAGAUACAAAGUAUGUUGAAGAGAAGACAGACAGCCGCACUGGAUCAGCGACAAUCAUCGUCGAGGAUUCAGCGCACGGCGAAAACAGGAUCCUGGUGGUGCCGGGGGCCAAUCAUGCCGGGAUGGAUGAUGUGUCCAAGAUCCUCGCCACGAUCCAAUCCUACCCUCAGGCCCCGGCUUUGAUUGUUCUACAAGGGGAGAUCCCCAGACACACGACUCUGGACUUGAUGAGGCAUUUCAACCAGCCAGGGAACCAGACACAUAUGCUGUUUAAUCCCGCCCCGGUCUUCGCAGAUGGCGUCCCGGUUGACGCGCUCUCCAACACCUCUGUUCUGGUCAUGAACGAGACCGAAGCGGUCCAGAUGCAGGCAUCCAUCUCACCCGAGUCAGCAAUCAGCACGCAGACGACAGACGAAUUGAAGCCGGAAGACUUGGCGAGUCAGUUCCAUGCUCUCGCCAACGUCAGGAUUGUCCUCAUUACUCUUGGGGCGAAGGGCGUGUUCUUCUCGACUCGCACCGGCAGAAAGGGCUUCGUCGCUGGAGUCCGCGUACAGAAAGUGGUUGACACGACGGCUGCUGGCGACACCUUUGUUGGGUAUUUCGCGGCGGCAUUUGCCGAAUUUAUCGCAACAUCGGCACCCCUGGAAGAAUUCGACAAGACGAUUGAGCAGGCUGUCCGACGGGCAAAUUGUGCUGCGGCGUUAUGUGUGCAGCGGCCGGGUGCGAUGCAGAGUAUUCCCACGGCGUCAGAAGUCGAUGGUCUAGACAGUCGGUAA